AUGGCCGCGCAAGAGGGACGAGCUCCAUAUCCGCCAUUCACGGCCGAGACAGCUCAGAUCAAAGUAAAGGCUGCACAGGAUGCGUGGAACACUAGAAACCCUGACGGAGUCAAGAUGGCAUACACGCCAGACUCAAUCUGGCGGAACCGCGGCACCUUUCUGACAGGCCGCGACGAGAUCAAGCAGUUCCUCACCGAUAAAUGGCGUAGGGAGAAUGGCUACCGGCUGCGGAAGGAGCUCUUUGCCUUUACCGACCACAAAAUCGCGGUGCAGUUCUGGUAUGAGUGGUAUGACGAGUCGGGACAGUGGUGGCGUACCUACGGGCUUGAGGACUGGACUUUUGCUGAGAACGGGUUGAUGAGGAAGCGGCAGAUGAGUGCUAACGACGUGAAGAUCAGUGAUGACGAGAGAUGGUUCAAGGACGGAGUUGAUGUAAAUACCGUGGACAUUUCCGAGAAGCACUGGUAG